AAGACAGACCAGUCAGUGUCAUUGCUUAAAAUGAAGACUAUUGUGUUUGUUGUCCUUGUUACAAAUGUCUGCUUUCAAUGUGUUACCCCAUCACAACGAAACAUACGCAAAAAGCGUGCAUGGGUUGUGGAUUCACUGUCUAUGGAGGAGGAACACAGUGGGCCUUUCCCAUAUAAACUGGGAGAUUUAAAUAUUGAGAAGAAGAUCAUCAGUGAAUACAUCGUUCAUGGACAGGGGCUUGACAAAGAUCCAAAGGGAAUUUUUUCGAUUGACACAGCCGAGGGAUCUAUUUACGUUCAUGGGAAAGUCGACUAUGAGAAAUAUAAGCAUUUAACAAUCACAUUUGAAUCCAGAGAAAAGUCACCCACACUUGUCGUGGAUAUUGAGAUUCUGGAUGUUAAUGAUCAUGCACCUGUUUUUAAUAAGCUGGUGUAUGAAACCACUAUCCAUGAAUCAACACCACAAGGUGAAGAUUUGGUUACAGUACUGGCAACCGAUGAUGAUCAGGAUGGAACAGCAAAUUCACUGUUAACUUUCAGAGUCGUGUCUGUGACUCCCAGCCCCUCUAAUGCAGAAUUCUUCAUUCAACAAACUGAAGGAGAAACAAUAGGCAAGAUAUCUUUCAAGGGCUGUCUUGAGUAUGAGGAGGCCCGACAGUACACUAUUCUGGUUGAAGCAAAGGAUCAUGGGAAGAAGGUGCAACUCUCCAGCACAGGCACAGUGAUAGUGAAGGUUAUCGACAAAAACAACUAUCAACCAGAAAUCACUGGAAAAACAGGUUCUGUGUGGGUGAAAGAGGGAAAGCGUGGAGAACCUGUUUGUCGACUGCAGGUGACAGAUAAAGACAGCAGAGGAUCUCCAGCAUGGAGAGCCAAAUACUCUCUCCAGGGUGAAAAAGCAGAUCACUUCAAGAUUGAGACUGACCCUGAGACCAAUGAUGGAGUCAUAACAGUCAUUGAGCCGUUGGAUUAUGAAGAGAAGUCCAACUUAAACCUGAUCGUCAACGUGGAGAACGAGGAGCCAUUCUUCUACUGUAGAGUGAAAGGACGUCCCAGCAAAGGCCUGUGGGAUGUAGAAAACUCUCAAAGAAGGUCCAUUUCCACAUCCGUGUCUCUACCAAUGACUGUUGUUGUGGAAGAUGUCAAUGAUCCUCCGGUAUUUGUGGAGCCCAUCAAACACAUAACUGUUAUGGAGAACGUGGGUAUUGGACACAGCCUGUGGACGAUCAGAGCUGAAGACCCAGAUCAACAUACUUUUGUAUUCAUCAGAGGAGAAGAUAAAAAUGGUUGGAUAACUGUAGAUGAACAAACAGGUCGUGUGUCUACAGUCAAAGUUCUGGACCGAGAAUCCCCCUUCGUGAAAGAUGAUACUUAUACCGUUAUUGUAUAUGCUGUUGAUAAUGGAAUACCAGCAAUGACCGGAACGGGGACCUUAAUUAUUCAUCUUAGAGAUGAGAAUGAUAAUCCACCCAUGCUACAGGUUGACAAACUGUGCAUGUGCUUGUCUGAGAAAGCCACCGAAAUUACAGCUUUCGACCUGGACCUGCACCCAUACGGAGCGCCAUUCCACUUUGAGCUUAUGGGAAAUGUCGAGGGAAGAUGGAUGCUCAGUUCCAGCUAUGGAACAACAGUGAGGUUGAUCAAAGAGGACACAGUUUUUGUGGGUGAUCACAAGCUCACGCUGAAGAUUUCUGACACCCAGGGCCAAAAUUCAAUCCAGACCAUUUUGGUUCGUGUUUGUAACUGUGAUAUUACUGCAAACUGCAAUGAGCCCAGAGCUCCAACAAUAAAGCUGAAGGUCACUGCUGUGGCAGUUAUAACAUUAAGCUUCAUAACUCUGUUGGGCAUCCUGUUAAUGGCUUGCCUGAUCAGAAAGAAGAAAACCAAGGGAUGGAAGUAUUUGGAAGGAUCUAAGGGAUCGCUUAUGAAUUACAACAUAGAAGCUCCAGGAACUGACUGCAAGGACCUUCCACCAAGUGAAAAAGAUUUUAUCUGAUGCCAUUACUGAGUGCACAGAAGAUGAGGAUAUGAAGGAAUGGCUGUAAACAUGACUUUUUUAACUCUAUGUGGCCUACACUGCUUUACUGGAAGAUGAUAUUUAAAGAUGCAAUGCAAUGAGGUGGUAAAGACACAAUUUGUAUCUUGCAAUAGACACAUACAUAGAACCAGGUUUGGGGUUUUAUGCUUCAAGUGUAUUCAUCUAAAAUGUACAUAUACAGGUUUUCUCAACAGAUCGUGAAACAUGAUUAUUCAAAGAAGCCUUGUACAGUCCAUAUAUCAGUUUACCUCACAAAGUCCAGAAUACAGAGUGGGCGAACAAAUGCAAAGGGAAAGGGAUAUUCCAGCCAAAAAUGAAAAUUCUGUCAUGAAUUACUCAUCCUCAAGUUCCAAACCUGUAUAAAAAUAAAUUCUGAAAUUUUUUUUGGAUAAACGUUGGGAACUGACAUUUCCCUUUAAGCAGUCCUGAAAUGGAUUUGUUGUGAGAUAUGAUGGGCACAAAAAAUCUUGUAUAUUCUUAAUGAAAGAUUCAUGAAGGUUUGCAUUAUAUGUGGUGUAUGAAUAUAUAUGUACAUAGUUAAAAGCAACAGUUUGUGUAUUCUAUAUUUUAUUUAUGAUGUACAUUUGAUCAUUUUUACUGUAUAUCCAUAGUUUAUGUGUUUGUUUUUGGUCAAACUGUAUCCAAAGGUUUGGUCUGCCUAGUUUUCUAAAAUGUGAAAUAAUAGGAAACUAUUAAACACAUUACAGUACAUUGUUAAGUGAAGUCUGGUUAGAUUCUGUGAAUGAACAUGUAUGUAGUUGUUAGUGUCAUGUAAUGUCUGCUGAAGUAAAAUGCAUUGCA